ACACAACGUUUCGUUUCUCGGCUCUUCGUGGUGGGUUGAUAAGAUGUGUCCAGCCGACUUGCGGCUCGUGAAGUGAUCAACAGCUUCAGCCAAAUCCUUCAUUUCAGACCCUGACAGUUCGAAAUAGCCGGAACAAAGGGAUUGCUGCAAGCAAUGCCCGAACUUUGUAGAAAAGAUGAAACAAAUCGAGCCGGGAGACGCGGCGGGUCAAUUGAAGGAUUUCCAGGACAGGAGAUGGUCCGAUAUUUCAAUGUCGACAUCGGGAGUUGGAAAGAGGUGAUUGUCUCCAUACUCGGCAACUCAAGACCAAUUCCAAUCAAUUGACUUUGGGAAGAUCAAAGGUUGCAGGCGCUUAGUCCGUAAAGGCCGAAUUGCUAGGAAAGUGGUCGACGGCCCCAGGAUUGCACCAUCGCAAGCUGACAAGGCGUUAUGGCACUAAGGAAAAUGCGCUUGGUGUGUCCCAAGUAAUGCCUUUGCCGGUGUUGGGCGUAUAUUCCCAUAGCCUCACAACAACACAUGGAUUGACAACGAAAACCGGCGCUUCAAUACUCGAUUGUCUAAUAUUUACUGACUGCUCUGCUUCGUUGUCUCAUUUCCUGACCUUGGUCUCAUCUCUAGCCCAACGUGUGGUCAGACGGACACCAUCGACGGUGGGAGGGAGGAGAAGAAUACGAAAUGCGUGCGUGUCAGAACGAGCGAGGGCGGACAUUUCGGAUGCGUACAGACGCAGGACGUGGCGGGCGGUGGAAUGGCGAGCUGAUGAAUGCAACAGGAGGGGAUUGUCGUCUUGUGGAUCGCGUGAGGGUUGUGAGAAUUACCUAUACAGUGACUUCACACGGUGGGGAGAGGGGGUCAGUUCGCGGGGCUGUACAGUACCGUGUAGGAUAUCCAUGCACCGUAUAGACAAUUCUUGGAGGUUGAAUUUUUCGAGACCUUGGAGGGGAAAGGAAGUGCAGAUAAAGGAUGCAGGGACCGACUUAUGGCGUAAGAGAGCCAGUGCGUCGUUCAGACCCGAGGACGGUGGCGCUUGAACAACCUUUACACCCACUAAAAUCGAGGCCGAUUCCUGAAAAGAUGGUGGGACGAAGCGCAUCCUUAUCACUGAGGCUUGCAUGCUGCAUCGUCGGAUUUGCACGAAACGGGGGACGACAGUAGACAAGGCUUCGACAGGCGCAUGUGGGGAAGAUGAAGGCGACCAGUACGACGGACGGCAUGUGCGUGCGUUGAGACUGAUGUAUCAACAUCACGACGAUGUUAUAAGUUGAACGCCAAGAUGUGGGCAACGGAGAUCGUGGUUCAUGUGAUGAAUCGAAGCACGGUCAUUGUUAUGCUUGUUGAUAUACAUCGCUUCUGUUUCGUGGAUGAGGGUAGCACUAUGCAUGCCUAUGACUGAUAACCAUCAUGGAAUAUCAUGUUGUAAAGAUCUUGUCCUUGCGACUGCAAGAGCCUGCAGGAGGCUGUUGGUGAGCGUUACAUAUUGGUGACUUGUCAACCUGGAGC